AUGGGUGAGGUAAGAGAAGAAAAUCAAAGACUGAAGAAGUCUUUAGAUCGGAUAAUGAAGGAUUAUCAGAACCUUCAAAUGAAAUUCUUUGACAUUGUUCAAAAAGACGGGAGAAAAACUACAAAUAAUACAAACAACCAUCAAGAAAUUGAAGAAUCAGAUCAGUUUGUUUCGCUUUGCCUUGGAAGAGUUGCACAUGAUACAAAAGAGGAAAAAAAAACUGCAGUCUCUAGCAAAUUAAAAGAGGAUGACCAAGCUAAAGAAACCUUGGCUCUUGGACUAGAUCGCAGAUUCGAAUUGUCUGACCAAGCUAACAGUUUUGAAGAACUGAAGAAAGAAGAUUGGGAGACUAGUUGGCAACCCAGUAAAGUUUUGAAGACAAAGCGGAGUGGAGAUGAUGAGGUUCAACAACAAAAUCCCGUAAAGAAAGCUAGGGUUUCUGUGCGGGCUAGAUGUGCUACCCCAACAAUGAAUGAUGGAUGCCAAUGGCGGAAAUAUGGACAAAAGAUUUCGAAAGGAAACCCAUGCCCUCGAGCAUACUAUCGUUGCACUGUUUCACCUUUAUGCCCAGUAAGAAAACAGGUACAAAGGUGUGCUGAGGACAUAUCCAUCUUGAUCACCACCUAUGAAGGAACACACAACCACCCACUUCCCAUCUUAGCUACUACUAUGGCUUCCACCACUUCAGCAGCUGCUUCCAUGCUAUUGUCUGAAUCGUCAAGCUCCCAAUUACCUGCAGGCCACAGCCCAUCAGUCACCACUGCUAAUACUGCUACUGCUAAUCUUCAUGGCCCAGACUUUUAUAAGUUGGAUAGUUUAAAAUCAAAGCAUUUCUACUUAUCCAACUCUUCUUUCUCAUCUUCAGUACCUUCACAUCCAACAAUUACUCUUGACCUCACAUCAAGCCCAUCCUCUUCCUUACCUCGUUUUAAUAAAGUUCCUUCUGAAUAUCGUCCAAGCUCGUAUUCUUCCGCAAGUCUCAACUUCAAUUCUUCUGAUUCCAAUGCAAUGUCUUGGGUUAAUGGGUUCCUUAACUAUGGAUGUCAACCCUACAACAAGAACCAAAUUGGAAACCCAAGUAUGGGAAGACAACCAGUAGAAGACAAUUAUCAGUCAUAUAUGCACAAGAAAGAUCUUACUUCUCAACACUCUUUACUAGAGACCAUUGAUACUACUGCAACAAAGGUAAUCACUGUUGACCAAAUAUUCCAAUCUGCCUUAGCAAUUGCACUCACCUCAAUCGUUGACGCUAGGGAUAUUGCCGCUGGAGGUGCCCAAAGAAAUUAGAGUACAGAUACUGCUGUUCGAAAGUUGACCUUGGGUGAGCAAUUUGCAACGUUUUCUUCCUUCCAGCUCUCAAUGAGAGCGGAUGUGCAUCAAGCUUCUUAAACGAAAAA